UAGAUGUAACAAAUAAUCAAAAUUCAGCCCAAUCCCAUCCCAUCGUGACCUAAACCCCUUUCGAAACUUCCCGCAAUGGCCAAACGCGACAUCCUCCCCGUCUUUCCCUCCCGGGCCAAUUCGGUGAUCAUGAAGCAGCGGGUUCUGGCGGCCAGGAGGGGCGUGGGUCUCCUCAAGCGGAAGCGGGACGCCAUCGACAUGAAGAUGCGGGAGCUGCGGCGCAUCCGCUUUGACCAGGAUGUCGUAGGAGACGAGAUGAUGAGACAGGCCAUUUUCUCGAUGGCUAAGGCCAAUCUCCUGGGAGCCGACUUCAAGCCGCAGAUGGUGAGCCACAGCCCAGUGGCCACCGCAUAUCUCCGCCGAACGGAAAUCAAAAUUGUGGGCGUGAAGCUCAACUGUUUGGAGCUGGAGAAGUCGGGCAUUGGAGCCUUUCCGCUGGCUGGGCUCAGUUGUGGUGGCAUGCAGGUUCAGCGGAUCAGGGAUUGCUAUACGAAGGCACUUGAUGCCUUGGUAUCGUACGCCUCCCUCGAAUAUCAAGUUCGUAUGUUGGAGGCAGCCUCGCUGCAGACCAACAUGAGGGUCAACGCCUUGGAGCAUGUGGUUAUCCCCAUCCUGCAAAAUACCUACAACUAUAUAUGCGGGGAGCUGGAGGAGUUUGAGCGAGAGGACUUCUACCGCCUGAAACGCUCCCAGGCUAAGCAGCUGGAGGCCAAAAUGGCCUUCACUGAGCUGAUCAAGACCAAGAAUAUGACCGACGAGGAACUGGAGUCCUAUGUAAAAAAGAACAUAGGACAGGCGCGUCCUGUGGCAGACACCCUAUUCGAUGACGACGCUUUCGACGAGCGGGAGGUCAAGAGACGGGUUCGGGAGGCCCGGUUGUCCCUGAAACAGCGCCGUGAGUUGGCCAAGAAGGAGGCCUCCGAGCGUGGAGAGCCUCCCCCGACGACCACAUACAUCACCACUCGCAGCGCCAUGAGUGUUUCGGGACGUCUGCGGGAUCCGCGCGCCAGCAGCGGGGAUCUGUACAGUACCAAGCGUAUGAUCCUCUCUGAUACGAAGUCCAUAGGUUCUGAAAGGAAGUCCAUAAGUUCUGAAAGAAGGCCCAGCCAGGCAGUCAGUGGGACUUCAGCAAAGGAAUAUCCAGCAAAGACAUCUGCAAGACCAAGCAUGGAACCAGCUGAAGAGAAGAAGGAAUAAAGUCCGUUAACUACGGAUCCGAUGUGCGGUAUGGGAAGCUCAAAAAAAAUAAUUUUUUUCUUAUUUCUCUCUUAGAUUAAAGUUAGACUUAGACUCAUUUGCUGCCAACUGAAUUCAGUU